CCCUGUGAUUGAUGAUACGCAGGUUACGCUACGCAACUUACGCUCCAUGUGAAAGCACCCUCAGGGUGCAAACUCAUAGAGCGGAACGGUGUACGCAGAAAAUUACAGAACGGAAGCCUUGACCAAUCACGAGUGUUCCGAUGUUUUCGUGAUUGGUCGAAGCUGUCGUUCCGCGAUUUUCUGCGUACACCGUUCCGCUCUAUAGGUGCAAUUUCAUUGACGCUAGAAACCAGCGUCAAAUGAUGUCUAGUGACUUUUCGACGUAGUGGGAGAAAAGUUGAGGCCGUCUCAACUUUUUCAGUGUGCCGCAAGAUACGACGUAAAAUGGACAACGAAAAUGAUGUAAGUAACACACUAAUAUUACAUGGUAUAUAUAAUGGAAUAUUUUAAUCAUUCUUGUAUAAUGCAUAAAAUACUGCUUUUUGGGAUGUUAAUAAAUUAUGACGAUUUCACAUUUUUGAGGUUAGUUGGAUAAAUAUUUGCAAAUAUAUGAGUGAUUGAAAUAACUUUCGUAGGAUAGCUGUUUGGAUUAUAUUAGAUAUGUUAAAUAGUUAAUAAUAAUUUUUUUAGGAAAUGGCAACGUUGCAGACAUGCGGAGUUUGUGGAACACUUUGCAAUGUUGACGAAGUGUCAGACCACGUAUGUCUGAAGGGAUACGGGUGUUAUAUCAAUAAGGCGGAACGCUAUUUUUAUCCACUUUUAGAUGAUGGAAGGACGUAUCUGUGCCGUGUUUACAUUGAUGGCAUAGAGAAAGUAGUUCAGACCAACAUUGAUACAACCUUUAACCAGAAUAUACCCGUGGCAGGAACUUGCCAAUUGGCGAUCUCGAACUGCAGUGAAUAUGAAAAAAGUGUCAAGAAUGUUGGCAGAAAAAAAUUGGCAGUUUCUUCCAAAAGAAAGGUUUCGAAGAAAUUAUCGCCAGAAGAGGAAGAGAAUUUAAUUUUAGCCGUCCAAAACAGAAGGCCACUGUGGGACAUCAGGCAGCUGGUGGACCAGAGAUCCCGGGAAACCCGGAAACAACUCUGGGAAGAAGUUGCUGUUGAAUUGAAUGGUAAAUAAAGAAAUAUAUAAUACAGUUGAAUUAGUUGUAUAUGAUAAAAUCUUAUUUUUCUAGGAGUACUCGACGCAGCUGCUGUACAGCAAAAAUUUAAGUCAUUACGCGAUACAUAUCGCAAAAUUGUGCAAUCAGAGCAAUACCUUCCGAGUGGAUCUGGAAGAAACGAAAAUGAUGACAGUCACAAGUGGAAGCACUAUAACAUUAUGGAGUUUCUUCGUGAUACUUGUCUA